GACAGCAAAUGACAGCGGUGUUCGCUCCUGCAGAAGCCAGUGUGAGUCGGCUAGCCUCCACCAAACAAUUCCUCCGAGGUCAACAAAUCUUUUGAUCAGCUGUGUUUAGAGAGAUUGUGAACAACUACCACACACUAAUUACGAUCGUCAUUUACCUCUCUGCCUUCGUGAGCUGUUGAAGAUGGUGAAGCCAGACAUCCACACUCUGGCCCACCACCUGAAGCAGGAGAGGCUGUAUGUGGCGUCAGAGAAGCAGCUGAUCCAAAGGCUCAACAGCGAUGUGCUAAAGACAGCUGAGAGGCUGUACAGGGCUGCCUGGAUCGCCAAGCAACAGAGGAUCAACCUUGAUCGUCUCAUUCUCACUAGUGCGGAGGCCUCUCCAGCCGAAUGCUGCCAACAUGCCAAAAUGCUGGAAGAUACUCAGUUUGUGGAUGGCUACAAGACUCUUGGCUUUCAAGAGACGAUCUAUGGGGAGUUCUUGGCCAGACUCAGAGAGAACCCCAGACUGGUGGCAUCCUGUCUGGUGGCAGGAGAGAGGCUGAACCAGGAACACACCCAGGGGGUCAUCCACAAUGUCUUCACCUCACUUUAUGGCAACUGUAUCAUGCAGGAGGAUGAGAGCUACCUGCUACAAGUUUUGCGUUAUCUGAUAGAGUUUGAGCUGAAGGAGAGUGACAACCCCCGCCGUCUACUGCGACGGGGAACCUGUGCCUUCAGCAUCCUUUUCAAACUCUUCUCAGAGGGCCUGUACUCUGCCAAGCUCUUCCUCACUGCAACACUUCAUGAACCCAUUAUGCAGCUCCUGGUGGAAGAUGAAGACCAUCUGGAGACUGACCCGGCCAAGGUGACUGAGCGCCUUACUCCAGCCCAGCAGGAGCGCUUUGGGGAGAAAGGCUCUGAAGGCUACAGACAAAGGGUGCAGGCAGCUGUGGAGGCCAAUGAAGCCAAGCUUGUAGCUUUGGUGAACAAAUUCAUUGGUUACUUAAAGCAGAACACCUACUGCUUUCCCCACAGUCUGCGCUGGAUCGUUUCCCAAAUGUAUAAAACGUUGUCAUGUGUGGAACGCCUUGAAGUAGGUGAGGUGCGUACCAUGUGCACAGACCUGCUAUUGACCUGCUUCAUUUGCCCAGCUAUAGUCAACCCAGAGCAGUACGGUAUUAUCUCAGAUGCACCCAUCAAUGAAGUGGCUCGCUUCAAUCUAAUGCAGGUGGGACAGCUUUUGCAGCAGUUGGCCAUGGCGGAUGAUGAUGCAGACCCAAGGAGGAAAAGCAGUUUGUCCAAAUUUGAUAAGAGUUGUGUAGCAGCCUUUCUGGAUGUAGUGAUUGGAGGAAGAGCAGUCGAGACUCCGCCAAUGUCCUCAAUGAACCUUCUAGAAGGCCUCAGCAGGACUGCAGUCUAUAUUACACAUAAUCAGCUUCUUGCUCUGGUGGACUUUGUUAGGAGUGUGAUGGCAGGAGACCACCUUCGGGAGGAGGAGCACAUGGCCCUGGAGACCCUGCUUGCCAAUGUGCCCCAGUCUAGAGCCGUGAAGAGCAACAGUCUGGAGCUCACUCCCUCCAACACCCCACAGCUCUCCCCAGCUACCACUCCUGCCAACAAGAAAAACAGACUCCCCAUAGGACAACACUUAGCUGCUAUUACAUCCUGGGACCCCACUUCCACCACUCUGUCUGCUCACAUUCCAUUAGUAACCCCUUUUGUGGAGUAUGGCUGUUCAUUACCAGCAGCUGCUCGUAGCCGCAGCCGUACCAACAUAGCCCAGGAGGGGGAGGCAGAGGCCAGCUCCCAGGAGUCCCUACAGGAACUGAUGCCAGAAGAGGUGCUGGUGAUUUCACUAGGAACUGGUCCUCAGAAUGUCCCUGGAAUGAUGUCAGAGAAUGAGGUUUUGAACCUGCAGAUGGCUGAUGGUGCCCAGGGGGAUGGACAUGCUGAUGAUACUAAACUGCAUGGUAAACCAGAUAAAACUCUACGCUUCUCACUCUGCAGCGACAACUUGGAAGGCAUCUCAGAGGGUCCAUCCAAUCGUUCCAACUCUGUGUCAUCUCUGGACCUGGAGGGGGAAUCUGUUUCUGAAUUGGGAGCUGGACCAUCAGGGAGCAACGGGGUAGAGGCUCUGCAGCUUUUGGAGCAUGAACAGGCUACCACACAGGACAACCUGGAUGACAAACUGCGGAAGUUUGAGAUCAGAGACAUGAUGGGCUUGACAGAUGAUCGGGACAUCUCUGAGACAGUCAGUGAAACGUGGAGCACUGAUGUUCUAGGGAGCGACUUUGACCCAAACAUGGAUGAAGAUCGGUUGCAGGAAAUAGCAGGGGCAGCUGCGGAGAACAUGCUCGGCAGCCUGCUGUGUCUUCCUGGCUCAGGUUCAGUGCUGCUGGACCCCUAUGGUUCCACUAUCUCAGAGACCACAAGUGAGGCCUGGAGUGUGGAGGUGUUGCCUAGUGACUCAGAGGCUCCAGACCUGAAGCAGGAGGAGCGUCUGCAGGAGCUGGAGAGCUGUUCAGGGGUUGGCAGUACCUCAGAUGACACAGAGGUCAGAGAGGUCAGCUCGAGACCAAGCACACCAGGCUUAAGUGUUGUGUCAGGUAUCAGUGCAACCUCAGAAGACAUCCCCAACAAGAUCGAGGACCUGCGGUCAGAGUGCAGCUCGGAUUUUGGAGGAAAGGACUCGGUGACCAGUCCAGAUGGGGAGGAGGCAGGCCACGGAGCACACCAUCUGACAUCUCCACCAUCACAGGCUGAUUCCUUGCUGGCCAUGUUCGAUCCCCUCUCCACCGGAGAAGGCUCUUCCACUGGAACAAUAGUGAGGCCCAAAGUGCACUAUGCCAGACCCCCUCACCCUCCCCCUGACCCUCCCAUCCCUGAAGCCAGUGCCCUGGGGCAGGAGACGCGCCACUCUCUCUUCACGCCUCACUGCUUGGCACAGGCCGAGCUGGAGCACACCAAGCAGCGCCACUCCUUCCCCGACAGGCUCGUCCGAAGCCGCAGCUCUGACAUUGUGUGCCCAGGCCGCCGGCCCACAAGUGAUCCUGGCCUUAACCGGCGGGUAGCAGUUGAAGAUCGUGACCCUGCAGGGGCUUUUGCCACAGGACCGUCUUCUUCUCCCAGCAAGGACUCCCUGAAAGGAGAGGCUGAGGACAGAAAAGACAGUGACGAUGAGAAGUCUGAUCGCAACAGACCAUGGUGGAAGAAACGUUUUGUGUCAGCCAUUCCCAAAGUGCUGUAUUGGACGGCUGAGAGUGAUGUCCCAGCUCCAAUUGCAGCAUUUCGGAAGAGGGACAAGCAGGAGAAAGACGAGAUUCCUCAGGAGCGUAUCCCACAAGAUGACCCAGUGCCCAGACAGAGUUCUCAAGCCCAGGCAGCUGAAGACAUUCUGGACAAGUACAGGAACAUCAAGAGGACCAGCCCAAGUGACGGAGCCACAGGUGGAGCUUCCUAUGACACUACAGGAGACCUUUGCGUUGAGGACAGCGUGCAUGACUCUCCAAGAGAGGAUACUCUGCAGAACAUUUCCACAGAUGACCUCCCAGACUCUGCCAGCCAGACAGCACAGCAGCAUGACUCCAAGUUCUCCUUUAGUGAUGCCAAGAAGAAAUUGAGGUUGGCAUUGUGCUCUGCAGACUCUGUGGCUCUGCCCAUCAUGGCUCCUGCAACCACAAGAAAUGGGCUACCUGACCACAUGGACCCUGAAGACAAUGAGAUCGUCUGCUUCCUCAAGGUCCAGCUUGCAGAGGCCAUCAACCUACAGGAUAAGAACCAGAUGGCCCAGAUUCAGGAGACCACGCGCUGUGUCAGCCGUUUUGAUUCACGCACCUGCAGGAAGCUGCUGGCUGCUAUUGCUGAGGAUUACAGAAAACGGGCACCAUACAUAGCCUACCUGACUAGGUGUCGUCAGGGCCUGCAGACCUCCCAGGCUCAUCUGGAGAGGCUCCUCCAAAGGGUGCUGAGGGAUAAGGAGGUGGCGAACCGUUACUUCACCACAGUCUGUGUUCGGCUCCUUCUUGAGCACAUGGAGUCCAAGAUGCUUGACUUUAUUAAAGCGUUCCAGGGGUGCACAGCGGCUGAUGACAAGACGGCAUCAGUGGAGGAUUUUCUGCGCUACUUGUAUGGUGCCAUGGCCCGUGAUGCCAUUUGGCAGUACGCUAGUGAGGACCAGCUGCAGGAUGCCCAGAUGGCGAUCGAGCGCAGCGUUAUGAACCGCAUCUUCAAACUGGCCUUCUACCCGAACCAGGAUGGAGAUAUUCUCAGAGACCAGCUUUUCCAUGAACAUAUCCAGCGACUCACUAAAGUUGUUACAGCCAAUCAUAAAGCUCUUCAAAUCCCAGAGGUUUACCUAAAAGAAGCCCCCUGGCCCUCCGCACAGUCAGAGAUCAGGACCAUUAACGCCUACAAGACGCCACGAGACAAAGUCCAGUGUAUACUGCGCAUGUGUUCCACCAUUAUGAACCUCCUCAGUCUGGCCAAUGAGGACUCUGUCCCUGGUGCGGAUGACUUUGUCCCUGUGCUCGUCUUUGUCCUCAUAAGGGCAAACCCGCCCUGCCUGCUGUCCACCGUUCAGUACAUCAAUAAUUUCUACGCCAGCCGGCUGAGUGGGGAGGAGUGCUAUUGGUGGAUGCAGUUCACCGCGGCGGUGGAAUUCAUUAAGACCAUCGACGAUCGCAAGUGAAGCAGAACAGCCACCUGUAUGGGCAGACUGCGGGGGAAGGAGCCGGGAGACUGGGAGACUUCCCAACCAACUGCUCCCUCUGCACAGCUAAUAAAACCUGGCCCUCAGCCUGCUCUUUAUUUGUAUAGCCUGUACAUAGCCAGAGACUUCGAAAGAUUACAAAAUAUAUAUUACUGUAUGUAUGUGGACAAAUCCAGGUUUUAGCUGUGGUAGAAAAACGGCUUUGGGGAAAAUUGGCAACAUAUUAACUCUGAUGUUGAUUUGGAUUUUUCCUUUUUAUCUUUUUUGUCUCGUCAUAUUUCACUUUUGGGGUCUGUACUAGAAAUUUUAUAUAGACGAUUAUCAAUAUGACAUUAAAUCAACCUAAAACAUAAUCCUAUUGAAAGGGACCAGACUUCCUUGAUGUAAUCACUGAUCUUUUUUUUUUUUCCCCUGAGUGAGAGGGAAGGGCUUCCAAUUAAAUUACAAUUUAACGUUCAUUAAAUGCAUUGUAACAUAGGGAUUUACAGUGCAUGAUGGUUACUCAGAUGAGAUUUAGUGACUAAUAAAUUCCCAAACAGUAGGGCAGCUUUUUUCAUGAAUUGUUUACUUCAUCCAAUUCCUAGACACAUCUGUCAGUGACAAUUUGGACAAAAGGGCCCACAUAUUUCUAUGAAAUAAAAUGUAUUUAUUUCUGUAAUUCUAUUUAAUGCUUUGUUUAAUCUUACAGGAGAAAAAUGCAUAUCAGGCCCAUUCAACAUGUCUGAGGCAAGUGAUGUAAUUACAAUGAACUUGCUAGAAAAGAGGUAGGAAGGCACCUUAGCAACGGGUAGCCCUUAGUGGGGAUGCAGGACGAACUGGAUACAGGGUCGACUCGUGCACAGAGUAGUGGUGGCAUGUAUGGAAAUAUUGAAAAUAGUGCCUUUGAUGUGGGGCGCUCUGUACAGGCAAUUAUUGAGUUUUUUUCUUAAACCAGCAUAGGCUGGCAGGCAUUAUCCUACCCCACACAUACACACUCCAAUGGGCCAACCACAUUUCACUGAGAAACCUUUGAAACCCGAACCUUUGGAAAUGGACAUCACAUUACUGAUUGUCAUAGCGUAGUACUGUGGUACUGGGUUGAACAAAUAUCCCCUUUGGUAUUAUAGAUCCUACCUCAGAGUUGAAACCAAUUAGCCUGAUGUCAGUCUGUCUACAGUACUGUAACUGUCCUACAUUGGUUGACAACAGAGUACUGGAUCACUUUUGCACUGGUCAAAGGUUUGCUGUUGAUUCGUUCAGUCAGUACCUUUUUCAUAGUAAUACAUUGAGGGCAGGAGAGGAAAGGUGGGCUACUGAACUGCUGUGAUACUUAUUCUGAUCACAUCACCCUUAAUUAACAUAAGCCUUUGUUUUUGCGAACAAUUUUGUUUCAGGCUUAGUUUCUGCUCUUAAAUCUGAAAUGCCACAUGUGUCUACAUGGGCUGAAUAGUGAACUAUUGGGAUUUUAGCUUUCUACCUCCUCAUAAGUUCGAGAAAGGGACUCCUGUUUAUGUGCACUUAUGUUUCUUUUUCCCAAUUUAGCGUGCUGUGAUCUCCCAGUGUCAUUGUAUCUUUCCAAUUAUAGUACGAGCAUGUCUGAUAACCCAGAAGUGACUAAAACUCCUUUUCUCUUGAAAUCCUCUGCUUCAUUUUUGUGCACAGAUGUGCCACAUGUAUUAUAGUUUCAAUAAUCCAUUUCUUUUCACAGUAAAUCACCUGACAGCACAAUACACAGUAGGAUAGAAGAGCAAAUAAUCAACACUAUCAACUUGUUACUGACUUGCAGUUAUGCUAAAGUGGUUGGUGUAGUACAUGAGUGUGGUUUUUGUCUAGUGAGUGUGUGAGAUGAUUGUGCGAUUGGACCCUCUGCCUCCUCUUGCAUGAAGUCAGUGAAUGGUCUAUACGUUCUCAAUCAUGCUAAAACAGUAGAAUAGGAUUAGUAUCUGACACAGGCCAGUAAUUGAACCUGCAAGAGGAUGCACAGCGUUUCUUUGUGUCUGUGAUACUUGCAUAUCAGAACGAUUUAUUUUGCACAAAAGAGAUGUCUUUUCCUGAAAAUUUGACAGGGAGCAGUGUAUUUUGAAAUUUCAUUACUGCUGGCCUUUACAGCCACAGCUAUUUAACAUAAACAUAUUGUAAUUAAAGUAAUAAUGGAGUGCAAAGUUAAGGACCUGACUGUUACUCUUUCAAGCUGAUGAACAUUCACAUUUGUGGACAGCAACGUAACAAAUGUGUUUUUAUAUCCCUCUACAGUAGCAUAUGCACCAGAUUCACUGAGGUACCGUGUGUAUUUGCAGUAUACUUCCUUGCAGGGUCUGUGUAAUCAAUUUGAUGAGAAAACCAUGCACUGGAAAAUCAAGUUGCAGGUUGCAUCUAUACUAAUUAGGUUUAUGUGAUGUCACUUUAAUUGGAAAUACAUACUGCACAAAUCUGAUGAAAUUAUUUGGACCUGGCUUAUGUUUCAGUGUUUCCUCAGAUAACCAGUCGCAGCUACGAAUGACCCCAGUGAAGUACUGAUCAAAACACCUAAUUAUUUACAAAAACAAUGUAUAUGACUGUGAUGGCAACUGUAUUUUUUAGCUCUUACUAUAUGCAAACCUCUAGGCGGCGGUGUCAAGUAAACAGACAAAGGUUUUCAAAGCUUUACUGCUCUGCUCCCUGUACAAUUGAUUCUAAAGGCUGAGCAGAGGAAAAAGUUUUACAUCUUACAUCUAAUUUUACAUUUAAUUGUAAGCUUGCACAAUGAUGACAUGCGGGAAAGCCGGUUUGUCUUUACUGUGAUUAUUAAUGCAUUAUGUAAUUCUUUGAAAACAAUAAAAGAAGCAGAAGUUUU